AUGGGCGCGCUCACCGGCUGUCCGCGCCUAUGCACCCUCGCCAUCAUCUACGGCGAGCCCGAGUCCCGUCCCGUACACUCCUGGUGUCGAAGGACCCUCACCUACGCGCUCCCCGUCCUCCUGGCCGACCAAUUCUCCAGCACGCCCGCCCCUCAUCCCGCCUUCGAGACGCUCAAGCUCGAGACACCUACUGGGCCAUCGACCUCGACCUGCCGCGCGGCCCCGCGCGAGGUGUCGAAGCGCGUCUUUGUGCCGUUUGCGACCCGGGGCACGGACGCGGACGUCGAUGCGGAGUUCAUGUUCGGAGAACCUCCCCGGAACGGGGCGAUCGACGAAGAAGGCGAGGUGGUGGGAGGCUGGUGA